UUACCAUGUUGUCGAUGCCUGAGGAUUAUGGACCUUUGGUGAAACGGUUUGGAUAACUGCCUGUGUGUGCGAAAGCCAACACAUUUUCAAUGCAUUUGUGUUGGACGUUUUCUCUCAAAAUGUUGAAUAUAGCACUCUCUCGACGUGAAGGAUAUUCGUGGCACGCCGUUUGUUUUGUUGGACAUGAAGGUGUGAGGUGCAAUAACCUGUGGACGGGCACCGUUUCGCAGACAGUAUGAUACAAUAUUUUGACAUAACCUUUAUUUGCUUGUGUUACGCUCUAUUGCGCAUGCCUAGUGGUUAUAUACAGAACGCUGCCCGACACCAAUUCGCUCUAUCCUGGCCGUGAUGUAGGAGCAAAAGUGUAGGGAGCAGCGGAGGACUAAAUAAAAAUGCGUUGGCAAAGUGGCAGCGUGGCGACCAGAGGAUUUUACUUGAGAUCCUUCACGAAAUAAAUUGUGCCAUAAACUGAAGAAUGUCAGGAUCACCUAAUGCAGAGGCUGAAGGAGUAGUCUCCAAAGUAAAAGUGAAAAAGGAGAUCAAGACAAUCGUGGAGAAUUUGGAAACCAUCCUGGGGGACCUUAAGGAUGUGGCCAAAGAGCUAAAAGAGGUUGUUCAUGACAUUGACACCCUGACUUGUGACCUGCAGCUGGAGGAGGAUGGCCUGACAGACAGCUCGAAGACGGACACUCUCAACUCCAGCUCAAGUUCCACCACCACCACUACCACAGCUUCCAGCCUGGAGAAAAUGAAGCUCUUUCCUGAUGAUUGCAUGUUCAGACCACCUGCGCUCAUCGACCCGGUCCCUGUCAACCCUCUUGCACUUCUGACUGUACUCAAGAAACCCCGUCCUCCGCUACCGCCACCCAGACUUACCCCUCUGAGAGCCGAGGAUCACAACAUUAAGAAUCUGCCUCAUCCAACAUUGGUGUUAUCAGGGAAUAUAUCCAAGGGUACCGCGUCUCUAAUGAGGAAUGGCGGGGGGUUUCCAUUGAAACCAAACAGGGAUUUAUUCUCCUCCACGCCAUGUUUCAUUUCUAAUGACACUGGAAUCACUGAUUCCAGUCUUGUUCCCACAUUACCCAGGCCCAUGCCCCUUCUCCACCAUGAAAAGAACAAAUGCCCCAAAGUUACUGGCAGGGAGUCUCGUGAGAGGGAGCGUGUGCGUUUCAGUGAGAAGGUCCAGUACCACGGCUACUGCCCAGACUGUGACCUCCAAUACGAUGUGGACGACACAGAACUACACUUACAGGCUGAGCUGAACGACCUGAGGCUCAGCCCAGUGCAUUUCUGCUCUUCCAUCUCCCCUCCUCCUCCUCAUGCUCUUCCACAUGAACUUAUGUUGGAAAAUGGCAGCCUCUCGGUCAACCACAGUUUCCAGCUUACAGCAAACACACCUCCACCUUGUGUGCCUCCUCACCCCCCUUCUCCCAAGCCCCAAAAAACAAUCCUACGCAAAUCAACCACUACCACGGUCUGACGCAGAACCCCCUUGUUCUGUUUAACUUCAACAUUCUUGAAUCAUUCAUAGUGUUUUCUACUUUAUGAGCGCUUUCUACUCCAACUAAACUUUGGAUUAUCCAAAUAGAAAAAGGACGAGCUGGGAAAAGGAUGGAUCAAGUCAGUGGAACAGAAUGGAAGGCAUUGCCAUGGGCACUGAGACGGACACAGAGAGAUCAGGGAGAAGCGGGCCAUUGAGAUACUUGAGGUACGAGUGGAAGGGAUGCUUGUUUCAUACGCUGAUCGACCCUGGUUGACCAGGGCGGGAGGAGCCAGAGCUGAGGCCAAGAAUCAACCUUUUUUUCUUUUUUAUAUACAGUAUAUCACUAAUGGCUUUCAAUCACCAGGAGAACAUCUAGACAAAUUCAUGUUUUUACUUUUGAGCACUGAAAAACCUCCAGGCACAGUUGUUCCAGGGCAAUGCUGCUGUGAAACUGGGGAAAUUGGAAGGGCGGUCACUUUCUAUAAAUGUAAGUGUAUACAGAUUAAUGGAUUUAUAGUUGUGGAGGUGAUAUUUUUCGUACAUAGAAAUAAUUAAAUUAAAGAUUAGAAUGCUGCUGAAACCCUAUCAUCAAAAGUAAAGAAGCAAAUUUAGAUGAAGAGGUACAACAUGGCGUGAAAUGAUGCCAGUAUUUGAUUGAUGUCUACACAGACUUUUGCUGUAGGCAUACUCAGAUGGAAAUCAAUAGCUCCACUCAACCGAUGGAGUUUGCUUUUUAAGAAUUGUAAUUGUUUGUGUCUGGAGAGCAUGGCAAGUUUGCCUGUGAGCAUAACACUACUGGACAGCAGAUAAGGACAAAAUAUUAUUAUGUCAGCAUGUGACAUGUGCUCAAUCAUAGAAAGGUUGGAAAGGGUGGAAAUGAAAGAAGAUGUGGUCACUGAUCUGUGUCCAGACAUUAUUCAGUGUCCAUUUUAUCUAUGUGCUCAACUCAUGCGAUGACAAAAUAACAUGCAGAGAUACAGUAUAGUGCCAUAGUUACAGCUUUAAAGGAUCCUUGAAGAAGUAAUACAUUUGCAUCAAAUUUUCUUUGUAUACAAAAAUACAUGUACAUGUUUGAUAUCUAUAUAUUUCAGGCAUUUUUCUACAGAGACUUUAACAUUUUAAGAGAUGAUAUUUUUGAUAUUGUGUUGGAUGACUGAGAGGUACUUUGACGAAAGCUGACAUUCCCUUGAUGUACGUGUUUUUCAGCAGGGCAUAGCAGGAUGAGUUGUAUAGCAACAGGUGUUUGUAUGAAUGAAAAAACAAGUGCUUCAGUAAUAUCAUUUCAAGAAACUUUACAGAAGGGGCUGUAUUGUGAGAAAGGUGGAAAAGAUUAUUGGCGUAAACCAAAUACCUAGUUGUGCUUUAUCAGACAGGUGGCAUGGGGCUGAAUGAAUGAAAGCAUGACUGACUCUUCACUUUGUCCUGCCAUCACUGUGUUUUUCUAUGCAUUUCUGUGGAGAGGCUGUCUGUUGGUGGGUCCAACAUGCAGGGUGCUCUGCUCUCCAUAACACAAAGUUAAGAAGUAGUCACAUUCCACUCACAUUUCCUCAUAUGAUGUCAAUCAGGUUAUUUCUGCAGCCACUAUAAACCUGACAAAUGUCCUGUUUAUCACAAUGCUUAGGCCAAUCAAUGACAUACUUAGUAAUUAAAUAAUUAUAAAAGUGUAUUCAUAUAACCAGAAGAUUAUGAAGUACUUUUACAAGGACAUACUGAAUAAAUAAAAGGGGAGAAUAGUAAACACAUUUUCAUAGGCCAUUUUUGAAUAAUACAGUUGUUGGAAACAUACACUGGAGAUCAACAACACAGCCUCUAGCCAUAUUCAGACUGGAGGCACCACAAGUAAACGCCACUGCUUGUUUCUCACUGGACACAGAGACGGAAUUCAUGAUCAAACUCUGGAUCCUUCCAGAUUCAGUUUUGAAGAUGACUGGAACGUCUCAAAAAGCUUUCGGUGAUAUUUUUUUGCGUGUCCACAAAUUGUUGGAAAAAAAAUACUUGUGAGAAGUAAACACUUUACACA